GUCACAUGCUCCCUUUUCGGCAUCACGAUGCAUGCCGUCAUUUGUGGACCAGGACAUGCGUUUAAGGCAAAUGCAGGUGAAUGAUGGCUCAAGAAGGCAGCACAGAGACGGCAGCCGCAAACGACCGAGCUCUCUCCAACUUGCGGUCCAAUUUUGCACGGCUCAGCCGCCGAGGGCCAAUUGUGACUCGAUGACAGGCAGCCUUUGUCUGCGGUGGCUUUUUUCUCAUGUGUAGCGAACCGCCAAACUUUCAUCCUUCUUACUUGAGAAGUACAUACAAGACGUUCAGACCACUUUCCCGACUUCAUGGAGCUGCAAAUGUCCUCGACGUCCCCGCUCAUGCACGAUGAGCAUCCCGGUCUGGUUCGCGGAAUGCGUGCAACGUGACACGCCAAGCCUAUACUCGACUGCCGCCGCGGCUCACGUCAACAGUUCAAGCGUCUCGAAAUGCAGCUUGGUGUACCUGAACGAAGGCGGGGCAAAUUUCGUCUUCAGGAUUGUGCCUGAUGAGUCUGGAAAAUUGCCCAAGACACUGCAGAAGAAGCUGCUGCGAGUGGGCAAGAACUUAUCGCAUGUGCAACCAGCUGAAGAACAACUACAAGCGCUGGGUACGAAUUUCGCAACAUUAUUCCCAGCCGAGAACCUUAUCCAACAUGAACUCAUCUCUCUGGACGCUGGCACGACAGCUGCGCUCAACAUCAUGUUGGCAAAGCUCGACAGGCCCAACCAUCGCCUAGACGACUUGUUGCCCAGCAAAGCCAUCUCUGGAAUGCUGGUGACAGACAUGACGCCGGAAGCGGGGGAAGUCCUACUUCAGCUCAAACCAAAAUGGCUCGCACAGUCGCCGAAUGCCCCGAGAGGAGCCAAGAGAUGUCGCACUUGCGCCGUGCGAGCUCACAGAGCAUCGAAAUCCAUCCGAACAGCGACAGACGCGCAGCAAAGUUGUCCUUUAGACCUGAUCAGUGAUCACUCGGCUCAUCGCAAAGCUGCUGUUCAUGCAAUUACCACAGACGACCGCAUUCGUGACUAUCUUCUGCUUGGAGCUCAGCCACUGCUACAACGGCUGCGCGCAUGCCAACUCGAGUUUGAUCGAGAUGGGGUGUUGAAGACUUCAAGUGUCGAGUCUGUCUUGCUGUUGUGCAGAGCCAUGACUUUGAGAGAUUGCACGUUGUUCGUGAAGCGCUCUGGAUCGACAAUCGAUGCGAGACUCGGAGACCUUGAUCUAAAGCACCCGGAGAAGCUUGAUCGAUGGAAAAAGGUCGAAGAGCAUCUCAUCAGCGAUGGCUGGUAUACCAAUACUGAGCCUCUGGAGCAUCGCGUCAAGGAGAAAAUAUGUCUGCUGGCUAGAUGACAACCUUGGGAGAUGCAGCCUUCUGGAUCGAGCUGCGAUCUGGUUU